CCUUCCAGAAUCCAGACGCAAUGAACGGAUACCGGCUGAAGGCAGUCAGAAAUUACCGGCAGGGAGCUCCUGUGAUCGAAUGUGGAAAAACGAGUCGACGCCGAUGUACAACGAGGUGUCGUCGAGGAAUUGCACGACCGUGAUUGCGAUUGACUCCUCUGAUAUUUGAAACCAAAUGCAGAAAGUUUCGCGUUCGUAGUUUUGACAUUUUUUGGCCGGAGAAGAACAUGGCGAAUUCGCUGAAGCCCGAUGAAGCCAGAAUUGACGGCCGAACUGCAAACCAGCUGCGGCCUUUGCUGUGCACGAGAGGUUUGCUUGAACGUGCCCAUGGUUCUGCAAGAUGGCAGCAGGAGAACACGAUCGUCAUGGCAGCGGUUUAUGGCCCGAAGAAUGUGUCCGGCAAAAGGGAAAACUCAGAGCGUGCAACUGUUGAAAUCAUUUGGAAGAUGAAAUCCGGCUUGCCAGGCAAUGCUGAGAAGGAAGCUGAAGUGAUAAUACGAAGGACAUUAGAUUAUAUCGUCCUUUCAGCUAUGCACCCCAACACCGGUAUCUCCAUCAUAUUUCAGGUUGUGCAUGACGAUGGAGCUGUUCUUGCAUGUGCGAUCAACGCAGCUUGCGCUGCUUUAGUUGAUGCCGGGAUACCUCUCAAUGGGCUCAUAGUUGCCGUAAGCUGUGCAGUGACGACUAAUGGAGUCGUUGUCCUUGACCCCACCAAGGCGGAGGAGAAGAACUUCCGAGCACAUGUUUGUCUGGUGUUUCCCAAUCGCCCGAAGUCGACUGUGGCUGGAUUGCCCCCUCCAGUAGCUGGUGAGCCUGCAGAACAUGGGAUCAUAACAUGCCUAACACGAGGAGCUAUGUCCGUGGAUGAAUAUAUGACAUGCUUAGAAAGAGGACGAGCAGCAAGCGUGAAGAUUUCCAACUUCUCACGAACUAGCCUAGAACAUUGUCAACGUGGGUAUGAGAUGCUGAAUGCCUGAACACUCUUCACAAUUUUCCGCACCCGGGGAGAGACAUCUAUGUUCGAAGUUGCAACUCGUAUGCAGCUUACAAUUUUGACAGAUACUGCUACAUGUACAUCAACCACAUCAGUCAUACUGUAUCAUUGGCCUUUAUCCACUCAUUUUCGAUAGUAGGAAAUCAGAGCGGUGUCUAAUAUUGCACUUUGAAGAUAUCAUGACAUCCAACUGUGUGCUAAUCACUGUAGUUUCAUGUUAGGUGUCAUGGCUUUCACUAUUGCCCAACUUACUGCACGGGCGCUCAAUUGUAUCUAGGCAAAUUUUUACAAAUAUGAUUCCAUUCUUUUCCUGACACCCUUGAUGGGUGUCAGGAAAAGAAUGCUUGACAGCUAAUUGCGCAGUAUGUAUAUCAGAUGAUCGAACUAUAAGCAGAUUUUUUAUCCAAAUAGGUACAGUCAUCUAUAACCGUCACAUUCCCCCUUCAGUUUGUAAUAGCUUGAAAACUCUAUAGAGAAAUUUUAUUUUAAUUUCUGGUUAAUUGGCUGCAGACCUAUCUUGUAGUAAUCAAGUUAAACUAAGAAUGUCUCGUUAAGAGUGCGUAGCACUGUUCUUGAACUGGUAUUUCGCUCGAUGAUAGCUUGGCAAACUGAAGUCACAUAAGACAUGCAUCUUUCUUUUCCCCUACCUCCACAUCACAGAAGGAUGAGCUGCUGAUUUGGAGCGUUUGAAAUAAGAACUUGGGAUGUGAAGCUUAUUCAAAAAUGCAGUGUCAACACAUGUAAGGAAGAUGAUCUUUCCUAAUCUUUUUAUUUCGAUUGUAUGGUCAUUAGGUUAUAUUAGCUCCUGUUGACAAACUGUGGUUGCCACCGUUUUUUAACUGCUGAUUAAAGACAUUUGGACCCAAAUAAACAUUAUUAUGUUUCUGCUGCUUCGCGCUCAUGGUGAGAAGACCACCUUUAAGCUAGGAAAGACCUAAACUUCUUCUCACACGCUUGUGAGAGGUAUGGGCGUACAUGAUUCUGAAUGUACGAGAUUACUCCAAGUGCUAGCAUUUCUGCACAUUGAACGCCCUAGGCAUUCUGCCAUUCUUGUAAAGGGAUAUCCAGCCUGUACUUGAAUCUGUUGACUUCAUAAGUGUACCUCAUUGUUAUAGAAUAUAGUGGAUACUUUAUGUGUAGCUACUUGGUUCCGCAACCGAUGCCUGCUUACGUCCUAGAACUACAUCACGUAUAUGAGUCUGAGAAUGAAAUGGUCAGUGGUAGAAGUGCGCUCUGUUUCUGUCGUCCCUUUAAUAUCUUAGUUUGCAGGAGUUAUCUUUACUUCCCGUGGGCAAACAUCGUUAUAUAUAACUGAUCUAAAAUUUCUCACGUGCCGGAGCUCAGAUACGAAGGAUGUUGCCACCAAUUGCUGCUAAGAAAUUGUCAUAAAAGG